UAUGUAAUAAUAAGCAAUCUAAGAUAUUGAAACAUAAGCCAAUUAGUUAUUGGAGAGCGUUUAUCAAAGAAAAUCUGAAUCGAUUAACUCUUACAGUAAACUCAAAAGACAAGAAGAAGUAAUAAUAAAUAAUCCCUUAUAUAAAUAAGGCAUUAGAUUUAGGAUUUGCAUCUGUAGGGUUUCCAGAUGAAAGUAUGGAUUGUGAAGCUGUCUAUGAAGUAAUUAACUUUAUUAAUUUAGAUCCUGUAACCUGGAUUUAUCUUUGAAGUUAUUGUAAGUAAAAAAAAUAUAGCCAAAGGAAGGUUAGAUGUAAUUUUACAAAAAUUUCUUGCCUUCAGUGAUAAAUGUCUCACUUCCUAACACUAAGUGAGAUAAGCCGAUUUCUAAUAAUUUAAAAAAUAAAAGCAUUUAUUAUCAUAACUAAGUCAAAUCAAUGUCAUGAGAAUGAAAGGAAUCAUUUAUGAAUAAGAUGUGGUAUUAAAUAAAAUAUAUAUAUUUAAAGAUUGAGGAUUUCUCCAUUUUCACCUAUUAUAUUAACUUUGAAAAAAUUCAGGUGGGUGAUCAUUUGAAUGCAGUACUGAUUGAUAAAACAAAAAUGACAAUGUCAUUAAAAAAUAAAAGUAUUAUGGGAGGUAAAUAAUGGAGUUUGAAAAGUUUACAAAAUCCAUCUCAUUUUGAUAAUUGGUUAUAUUUUAGACUUGGGUAUGCUAAAUAAAUUGGAGUGAAUUUUUAAUAUUAAGUAAUGAAUGAAGAAGAGAGACAAAAAGCUUAAGAAUCAAUUAAUGCAAAUCUCAAAUUCAAAGAAGAAACAGGAAUAUUGAAAAUGGAUUAUUAGAUUGAAUAAGAUGGAUUCUUUUCAAAUAAAUAGAAUUAUCUUUUCAUGAUGUAAUCACUUGGCUUAUCUCAGAAUGCAUCAUUCACAAAUAGAAACAACCUAAAAACAUUCAUGAAGAUAAAUUUAGAUCAUAGAAGGCGUUUAUAUUAAAUUAUUUAUUUUUUCUAGACUUUCAAGUUUGUCUGUCUAACCAGAUAUCCAAUAGAUUUACGUUCGCAAACAGAAGAGUCAAAGCAAUAAUUGAAAAAUAAUAAAAAAAUAAGAAAAAUAUUAUACAUAUCUAUAAAUUCUUCUAUCUAUAUAUUUAAUUUAAAUUUUAUAUAAAUAUAUAAAUAUAUAAAUAUAUAAAUAUAUUUUAUUAAAUUAUUAUGCUACCUAAGUUUUAAAACUCGUUUGCCCAAGAUAAGAAUCUAUAAACACUUAUUGAAUCAUUCAAUUAAUCUUAAAAAAAUCCAGGACCAAUACCUAGAAAUAGAAUUUAAAAUAGUUUUCCCUACAUUCCUGGAACAAUGAGACCUUCAACAGGAUAAUAAGCAUUAAGUAAACUUUAUUUCUAAUUUAUAUAGAUAUAUUCUAAGAAAAACUACAAUUCAUUUUAUAAUCUAAUCCUGUCAUUAAGUAUUUGUUUUAUUAAAAAUUUUAAUUAGUACAACCUUCUUAAAUGAUCAAUAAGACAUAAUAUUUAAAUUUACACUUGGAAGCAAAAUUUUAUAAAUAGUCACUCUUGAUAGACCAAUGAAAGAUUAAAAAGAAGAUGAUUAAAGUAUGAAUCCUUAUUUACAAUCAACUUAUCCUUAUCAUUCAUUACACAAAUUAAAAAUUGAUUUUAGAUUGGAAGAUACUGAUGAAAUAGAAGUAAAUGGUAAUGAUAAUACAGUUACCAUCCUCACUAAAGCAUAAAUUAAAUAAUAAAAAAAUGAUUAAACUAAAAAAUAAAUAUAAUGUAUACAUUAAGAUAUUGUGAGUAAAAUUAUAUAAUUAUUAGUUAGAUAAAAACGAAGCUUAAAUUGUUUAAAUUUAAAUGAAAUUCUUAAGAGAAUGGCAUUUGAAAUUAGGGAAUAAUCUCUAUGUUGCUAGAAAAGCACUUUAAGAUUAUUUCAAAUCUCUAGCAAUGCCAAAAAUUAAAUUUAUUGCUUUUGAUAAUUAGGUCCCAGGUCCAGAAUAACCUAUCAUUCAUUCCUCAUAAGAUUUAAAUAAAAAGCAACAAAUUAUAAAAACUGAAGUGAAACAAGAACCAGAAAAAGAAUAGGAAGAAAUAGAAUAACCUGCAUAAAUAUCUGAUAAAGAUCUUUAAAACUUAUUUCCUUUAGUAAGUGAAGAGUUUGUAUAGAGAUAGAGAGAAGCAUUAGAUAAAAGUAUUAAAUUUAAUAUAAUAUUUUUAGAGAAUUCUACUACUGAAGAGAAGAUUAAACGUUUAUUCGAAGAAGUUCGUAUUAAACAAUUUAAAUCACAACCAUAUAGUGCUGAUAAGAACUUUUUUAGGUGUCCUUAUCAUAAGUGUUAAAAAGGAUACAAGAAACCAAAUUAAUUGAAAAAUCAUAUGAAAUAGAAUCAUUAAAGAUUAUCAGAAAUAGGUUUCACAAUUGAUGAUAAUGGAGAAUUUAAAUAUAAUGAAAGAAUUUUAGAUUAUUGUUUACUUUUAUGGAAAGUAUAUCCUAAUUUUGUUAAAUCAGUUAUUAAUGAAGUAUAUAUAUUCAUUAAUAGUAUUUUAGACAAGAUAAAGAAAAGAUUAACCAAAUACAUGA